AUGGCGAGCGUGGACAAGGAUCUCGAAGAGCUUAUGUCCCAUCUGGGUGAAUUCGGCAAAUAUCAAUUCCGACAGCAUUGCCUUCACUUACUCGCCGCUCUUACGGCCGGUGUGCACAUGCUGUCUUUACUGACAGUGGCGGCGGUACCAGCGCACCACUGCAACAUCCCAAAGGUGAACGUGUCAUUGACCAAGGAGCUGUUCAAUUUUACUACUCAUAAUUGGAACAACUCAGACGUGCCUCUUCCACGUAAUCUGGAUAGCUGCCACUAUCUGGAUCACGACAACAUCAUCCAGGAAUGCGACUCGUGGACCUAUGACACAACAUACUUCCAGUCAUCACGCGGCAUAGAGUGGAACUUUGUUUGCUCGCGACGUUGGAUGGGCGCCGCGGCGCAAUCCUCGUACAUGUUCGGUGUGUUUGUAGGUGCGGUCACCCUCGGUAGCAUGGCAGACAAAUAUGGCAGGAAGAUCAUAUUCUACGUGUCUGCCGUGGCACAAUUAGUGCUCGGAGUAUUGGUCGCUCUAAUAAAUAACUAUUAUAUCUUUCUGACAAUACGCUUUCUCUAUGGUAUCUUUGGUUCCGCCGGCUCGUACAUCACCGGAUUCGUGUUAACGAUGGAACUGGUGGGUUCGUCCAGAAGGACCGUGUGCGGCGUAUUGUUCCAAUUGAUCUUUGCCGCGGGUUUCGUACUGGUGUCUGCAUGGGGCAUUGUACUCAAAGAUCGUAUGUGGCUCCAAAUCGUGUAUGGUUUGCACAGCGUAAUUCUGCUUGGUCACUGGUGGCUAAUGGACGAAUCACCUAGAUGGCUGUGGGCACACAAUCGUGCCGCUGAAGCAAUUAUCAUUGUACAGAAAGGCUUAAAGGUAAACGGCAGCGACGUCCACGUGAAUGCUGCCAAACUGAUCAGUAAAUCGAAAGUACAACAGGAAACCAAGGAGAAUAAAUCACACGGCGCGUUGGAUCUCUUUAAAACGCCGAAUCUCCGUAAGAAGAGUCUAAACAUCUGCUUCAAUUGGUUUGCCAAUUCGAUCGCUUAUUACGGACUGACGCUUAACAUGGGCAAUCUCGUCGGCAAUCCAUAUCUCAUGCUAUUCCUCAGUGGCGUGCUGGAGGUACCAGCAUACAUUUUAAUAAUAUUCACUAUGGAUCGCCUCGGUAGAAGAUGUCUAAUCAGUUCGUUCAUGAUGAUAGCCGGCGUGUGUUGCAUCUGUGCCGCCAUCAUCACCGGCACGACUGGCGACCUAGUGGCCAUAGCUACGGUCACGAUAGUACUCGUGGGUAAGUGUUGUAUAGCCGGUUCGUUCGCAGUAGUGUAUAAUUACACAGCCGAGUUGUUCCCCACGGUGGUGAGAAAUACGGCGCUCGGUAUUGGUUCCAUGUGUGCGCGUCUCAGCGGCUCUCUUACGCCCAUGAUCUUCUUGCUGGACUCGCUGAACGCACGAGUACCAGCCGUACUCUUUGGCUUAGUCGCUCUGGUAGCGGGUUUUCUGGCGCUCUAUCUACCAGAAACGCUAAACCAAUCGAUGCCGGAGUCUAUCGAGGACGGCGAGAACUUUGGUAAAGGUGAUACCUGCUUCACCACCUGCAUAGGCGGAAGCGCGAAAGCUGCCAUGAGCGAAGUCACGAUGGACAAGAUAUCCGAGAAAGACGAAAAGGAGAAGUUAAACGAUAUAUAA